AUGGAUGUUAAUAUGAUAAUAUUUCUAAACAUAUCUAUUAUAAUUACAGAUGGCAAAGUUGAGAAUGAAAGUUUGAGCUCAUCCAGCGAUGAAGCUGAAGAACAGGAUUCAGAUUCAGGAAUAAACAAGUUUAGUGAAUGUUUUGAACAAACGAUGCACAUCUUCGAUCCCAAUACGAGUGAAAAUAAAUUCAAUAUUCUCAGUGAAUUAUCGUUAGAUGGAAUUGUUGAUUAUAUAAAAGAUAACAAGGUUACAAAAAUUAUAACAAUGGCUGGGGCUGGUAUAUCAACUUCUGCAGGAAUUCCAGACUUUCGUUCUCCAACAACUGGAUUGUACGAUCACUUGGAGAAAUAUAAUUUACCAUAUCCACAAGCAAUUUUUGAGAUAGAAUUUUUCAAAAGCAAUCCCAAACCAUUUUUCGUGCUUACAAAGGAGCUACUUCCCGAAGGAUAUAAACCAACAAAAUCACACUAUUUUAUACGCUUAUUACACGAGAAAGGAUUACUAUUGCGACAUUAUACGCAAAAUGUAGAUGACUUGGAAAGAAUGGCCGGAUUACCAGAAGAAAAAUUAGUCGAAGCCCAUGGAACAUUUCAUACCGGCCACUGUUUAGACUGUAAAACUAUGUUCAAUUUGGACUGGAUGAAAUCAAAAAUCAAUGAAGAUAUUAUUCCAAUAUGUGAAAAUUGUAAUAAAGGAGUUAUUAAGCCUGAUAUAGUUUUCUUUGGAGAAAAGUUAUCCGAGCGAUUCCAUACAUUACUCUCCGAAGACUUUGUAUUAGCGGAACUUUUGAUAAUAAUGGGUUCAAGUUUAAUUGUUCAACCUUUCGCCUCGCUUAUAGAUAAUGUACUAACCGAUUGCCCAAGAUUACUCAUCAAUAAAGAGAAAGUUGGAGUUGAAAGUGAUCUAUUAAAAUGUUAUGGUAUCAGUAGGGGUAUGAAUUUUGAAUCUGGGCGAGAUGUUGCAUGGUUGGGCGAAUGUGACGAGGGCUGCCAAUUACUGGCUGAUAAACUGGAGUGGGGAGAAGAAUUAAAAACUCUUAUGUUGGAAGAACAUCGACGUCUGGAUAGCGAUGCUAUAAAAAGAAAGGAGAAAGCCGAUGUUAAUAGCGAUUAA